AUGCCUGCUGGACGAUACCGACGGUGCGCGGCCCUUCGGAAAGCGCCGAUGCCGACGAAUGCGGUGCUGGAUCGAUUCACUGGGCGUGACUUCCGUCCCGCAGCCGACGCCGCGCACGCAACCGCUGGACCUCGCGACGCUCUCAUGACGUCUUCGGAUGACGUCAUCGGUGUCUUCAGAAUCUGCGACUUGAUGAAGUCAAUGAGAGCGAUGGAAGCAACCUUCCAAUUCUCUGAACAUCCUUUUCUGGACGUUUUCGCAGCUCCUUAA